AUGCUUCUGAACCCAUUUCGACCAUGCGAGGGCUCACCAACCUUCCAAGAGGAGUAUCGGGGCAACUACGUACCAAAGGUUAUCGAAACAGGACAUGGCCUCCAGGUUGCGGCGCCGGAUACUCCAUACGUGGCAGCGGCCGGUCCAGACAAGUUAUACUUCAUCGACACCCGGUUCGAUAUUGAGACUGCAAAGCACAUAAAGGAACAAAUCGAGAAGGCAACUAUACCGAACCCGGAGGAGUAUGUCGCCAUAGACGAGGUUUUGGCUACGGCGGAAUUGAAAAACUCUGUGACCGGCGAAACAACAUUCGUGGUGCUGUUUGCAAAGGGAAUGAAUAGGCACAACCCGGAGCUCAAACUGCCUGAGCAUGAGCCCGCCGGCGAUUGGUUGGUGACCUACGACCUAGGAAAUACACUUACGAAGCGGGCUAAUUCCUGCUACGAUCUUGGCUGUCACUCCGCCCAAGACUGCAUACGGCAGUCAAAUGGCAACUGUCGAAUCUGCCACCAUUAUAGGGUUGACAACGAGUGUGACCAACCGCUGACUAAUGCCAUCGGCCUAUGCCACCCUCUUUGCUCGAAGGCUGUCGACACACCAAAGGAAGAUGGAGAGACGGACGCCAGCUACUAUCAACGGAUGGAAAAGUUGCACUGGGCCUAA